AUGGCAAGUGCAGAGCAGAAGAUGGAUGAGUUAGCUAACAAAGUAGAAACCAGUGUUCAUCUCCAAGAAUUCCCAGAUCUCCCACAAGAAAUCAUCCUUGAUAUUCUCCUGAGGUUGCCCGUCAAGUCACUCCUACGAUUCAGGUGUGUUUCCAAAUGCUGGCUUUCUUUGAUCUCCAGUCCUCAAUUCAUCAAAACCCAUCUCGAGUUUUCAAAGAAAUUUGGGCCCAAACGGCUUGCUCUCAUGGCCACCCGGUUUGGUCAACCCGAGAUCUGUUCUUCUUACUCCAUAGUUUGUGAAAAUUCCUGUAUUGUCAGAGUAGUUGAGCUCGACCGCUUUCAGAAAACUGCCGAUAUACCUUCGCUCUGCAUUCUGGGUUCCUGCAACGGAUUACUGUGUCUGUUGACCUCCUCGUAUAAACUCUCGUUCUGGAACCCAUCCACGAGACAAACAAGCAUAAUAGACGACCCAGGUUAUGAAAUUAAGGAUGUUGGGUAUGUAACAUAUGGAUUUGGGUAUGAUGAGUUCCACGACGAUUAUAAACUGGUGAAGAUAUUGGGUUCCUCGCCUCCUAUUGAUGAUCCCGACGGCAUGUUUGAAAACACCGUUAUGGUUUACAGCAGAAACGCCAAGUCUUGGAGAGUGAUUCCGGGUUUUUAUUACAGUGAAAACUUUCCCCAUGGUAAUGGAGUUUUUCUCAACGGAGUUGUUUACUUGGGAGGCAGUAGUCUCAGGUGGGGUUUUUGUUCGGAGAUUUAUGCGUUUGAUUUGGCCACGGAGACGCUUCGGACCAUAACACUACCAGACAGCUACGAAGACCAAAGACCCUUUUGGAGAUUAGGCGUUUUGGGUGGAAAUAUUCUGGUGGCCUCUUGCCAGUGCUCUCCCGAGACGUUGCAUAUAUGGGCGUUGAAGAACUAUGGCAUGGCGGAGGAAUGUUGGGGGAAAUUGGUGUCGUUUUCAUUGGAUUACGAUAUCAGCAUUUCGCCUGUGUUUGUGACCCAGAAUGUGGAUGAGGUUUUGCUGCAGUAUGAUCUGGACAAACUGCUUUUGUAUAGGUUGAGAGAUGAUUCUUCGGCGCUGAUUAAAAUGUUUCCUCCAAAUAACCAUCUUUUGGUUCAAAUGGCUACCUACAAUGAAAGCCUAGUUUCAUAUUCCUGA